UAAAAAGUUUGCUCCGGCCGGCAGUGAAAAUCCGCGAAGAGAGAGAGGGAAGGGGACAAGCCGCGCGUGCUAGAGAGAAAGAUGAGCGAAGCCGAAGGGCAGGGGUCCCCGUCGCCUGCGCCGCUGGAAGAGCAGCCACAGCCGGAGAGGAAAGUCAUAGCUACUCUAGUCCAAGGCACCGUCAAAUGGUUCAAUGUUCGGAAUGGAUAUGGCUUCAUCAACAGGAAUGACACCAAAGAGGACGUGUUUGUCCACCAGACUGCAAUUAAGAAGAACAACCCAAAGAAGUUCCUUCGCAGCGUCGGGGAUGGAGAGAUUGUCGAGUUUGACGUCGUCCAGGCAGCGAAGGGUUCUGAGGCAGCCAAUGUGACCGGGCCAGGAGGAGUCCCAGUUAAAGGCAGCCGCUAUGCCCCCAACAAACGCCGGUUCCGUCGCCGGUUCUUUCCCCGUGGACCCCGCCCGCCCCCCCCAGCUGACCAGGUAAAGGGGGGGGACGCUCCCUUAGCACCAUCCCCCGGUGUGGUAGAGGUGCCAGCUGCCGAUGGAGAGACUCGGCCUGUUCCUCGCCGGCGACGGCAGCGUCGGAGACAAACUGUGGCUGGGGAGGAGAAGGACGCAGAAGAUGCAGAAGGAGAGAUGGUUCAGCAGAGGCCGCUGCCUCGGAGGUUCCGACCUCAGUAUCGCAGGCCUUUCCGCCCCCAGCUGUCCCCCGAGGAACGUGUGGAGGGGCAGCAGCCAGGAGCUGCCCCAGCCACCUCGGGAGAAGACGAGCAGGCAGCAGGAUCUAUGCCAGCGGAGGGAGCACAGCCAGAAGCUCAGAAACCCCGCAGACAGUUCAGCCGUCGCAGGCAGCGGCCUUCAGAGUCGGCGCCCAAGGAUGUGGCGGAUAAGCCUGCUGAAGAGGCUUCACCCAGGCAGGUCGUAAAACCGACAGACCCAACGUCUUCUCCCAAGCCCUCCCCGAAAUCCUCCCCCAGAGUGUCACCCAGGACGGUCAAGCUGCCUGAAGAGGUUCCUGUGACUCCAGCAACCCCACCCACAGAGUGAUUUCAUUAGAUGAAGAAAAUAUGUGCCUAACAAAAGGAUCCAGGGUGGCUUAGUUACUGGGGGUCUGUUUGCCCUUUCUCGGCUGGCCCACAGUCUGAUGGACCCCCAGAGCCACUCGGAAGUUUGUCUGGACCCUUCAGCUAUGUUCCUGUGAGGUGGUGGGGGGGGGGGGGG